GGAUGCGGCCCUCCAAGGUCAUUUACCUGGCCCCCGCCCUCAGUUUUAUAAUAUAAUAUAUUGUAUAUACAUAUCAUGUUGAUAAUAAUAUUAUAAUGUAAUGCAAUAUAACCUAAUAAUAAUACCAUAUAAUAAUAUGAAUUAUAUAUUCUAUAUUACAUAUAAUAUUACUAAUAAUAUUACAGUAUAGUGGUAUAGUUCAAUAUAGUAACAUAUAAUGCUAAUAUUGUGCUAUGCUAAUAAUAUAUUGUAUGUACAUAUAAUUUGUAAACCACUCUGAGUCCCCUUUGGGGUGAGAAGGGUGUGAUACAAAUGUAGUAUAUUUUUAUAUUUUAUUAUAUUAUAUUGCUCUGGGCAUGGCCCCAUGUUAGCCGCCCCGAGUCCCCGUUGGGGAGAUGGUGGCGGGGUAUAAAUAAAGUUUUAUUAUUAUUAUUAUUAUAGUAAAUAAAUGCAGUAAAUAAAUAAUAAAUAAAUUUUAGACUUAGGCUCACCCAAAGUCUGAAAUGACUUGAAGGCACAGAACAACAACAACAACUAUUAACUUGACUAUCUCAUUGGCCAGAAGCAGGACCACACUUCCCAUUGAAAUCCUGAUAAAUCUUGCCACCCUUUUGUUGGACUGCAAUUCCCAUCAUCCCUAUCAUGGCCGGGGCCACCAGGUUUUUCUAUGGAAAAGACGAAGACGACAAGGACAGCCUGCCCUGCGCUGCGCCCACACCGCUUCCUCCCCCGCCUCCCCAGGUCGUGAUCCCUGACCCGGAAGUAGUACUGACCCCGGAAAGGGUCGAGAAUGUCGCAAAGGUCAGCAGUGGGAUCCUCCGCCUGCAUCGCCCAGGAAAACCCCCACGGAGACAAGUGCAUUUCAGCCUGGAAUCGGUUCCCGUCGGGCUGCAGCCUCCCAAGAAAACGGGCGGGAAGGAGGCUCCGGUUCCUCCCGAAAUGAGCCCCCAAAUCCCUGUACGAACAGAGAAGGAACCAGAAGCUGUGUCCACGCCUGCCUUUGGCCUCCUGGCCGCCCCCAUUCCCAACAGCAGCCUGGCAAUAGGAGCCGAAGUGCAGGCCGCACGGACGGAGGGCUUUGACGCCUGGCAGGCGGCAGAGGAACUGGUGCAGCGCUCCUUCCGCACCCGGUGUGCCCUGGAGGCCAAGGCGGGAGAAGGUGUGAACUUCCCUCGGGAGCAGCGGCUCUACCAGGGCCUGGUCAGCCUCCAGGUGCCCACCGAGGAGCUGCUCCACGCGGCCGUCCAGGAGAAGGCGGCCCUCGUCCGGCACCGUCCCGAAGGCAGGCAGGAGAUGCCCAGCGCUGGCCCCGACCUGCUGGCCUUCUUCAACCCCAGGGAGCUGUUCACGGAGACCCCCUUCCUGGAGGUGGAGGGCCUUCCCGCUUUGAGGCUGCAGGCGCGGACAAGGGACCCGGGCACCACGUUUUCCAUGGACCGCAAGCUGCGCCAGUGGGACACUUGAGAGGAGGAGGACCACCACCACCAUCAGCACCACCUCCAGAUCCCUCUCCUCACCACGAGAAGAACUGGACUUUUAGGAGACCCUGGACUAUUGAUUCACAAGGGAACUGCUUUCCCUCUCUCUUUUGGAGCCUUUUUUAUACAUAAAGAAGAAUUGCAACCCUAUCUUGCAGAAUUCCAAUCACGGAAGGAGUUAUAAAGCAGCUGCUUAAU